CUCCGGCGCGUGUGAGUUCGUCGGACUGGGGGAAGGGACAAGACGAACAGGAUUCCAUGUGUGCGGCUGUGACCUUAUGUGACUGUACGGCGCUCCGUGUAGGGGUGUGAUUGUCUCUCCCUGUGGUGGGUGUGUCAUUGCGACUGACCAUGCGCGGACCUCUGUUUACAGGUGUGGCUGGAUAUCCCUGUUGUAGGUGUGUGGUUCAGACUGUGCGGCUGUGUGUGUGUAAGGUGUGACUGUCCCCAUGGCGGGUCUGUGAGUGUGUGCGUUCAUUUUGUGUGAUACUGUGUGUAGGAGGCGGGGAGUGUACAGAAUCUGAUUAUGCGGCCAUGACUGUUAUCUGAGGAUUGUAUGUGUGUUUGUGGUUGCGGUUGUGUUAGCAACCUAAGCCUUUGUGAGGACGUGUGAGUGGGAACAUGUAACUUUUUGUGGCACCGUGUGUGCAGUUGGAGGGUGCCAGUAAUUGUUGCCAGAGUGGCAGUGUGUGUUGUCCCAGUAGUUGUGUGAGAUCAAGACAAGAUUUUGGUUUUGGACAGCAGAGAUUUCUUCCCUUCUGACAUGCUCAGACAGGAAUGCUGUGAACAGCCUAGACUCCAUCCCUUCUCUCCAUGGGUGGAAAACAGCCCCAAGGAGGACUGAUCCUCUCCUGCAAUACUGAAAGCCAUGGCCCAGGGAUCAGUGGUGUUCAGUGAUGUGUCUAUAGACUUCUCACAGGAGGAGUGGGAGUGCCUGGACCCUGGUCAGAGGGACUUGUACAGAGAUGUGAUGUUGGAGAACUAUAGCAAUCUGCUGUCAAUGGGACUUUACAUUCCUAAGCCUCAAGUUAUCUCCUUAUUGGAACAAGGAAAAGAGCCCUGGAUGGUUGGCAGAGAGCUGACAAGAGGCCUGUGUUCAGAUCUGGAAUCAAUGUGUGAAACCAAGUUACUGUCUCUGAAGAAGGAAGUUUAUGAAAUAGAAUCUUGCCAGAGGGAGAUAAUGGGGCUUACAAAGCAUGGCCUUGAGUACUCCAGUUUUAGAGACAUUUUGGAAUAUAGAAACCACUUUGAAAAACAACUGGGAUAUCAAAGUGGGCAUUUCAGCCAAGAAAUAUUCACUCAUGAAUACAUGCCCACAUUUAUUCAACAGACAUUCUUUACUCUACAGCAAAUAAUUAACAAUGAAGAGAAACCCUAUGAAUGUAAGAAAUGUGGAAAGGUCUUUAGUCAGAAUUCACAGUUUAUUCAACAUCAGAGAAUUCAUAUUGGUGAAAAAUCUUAUGAAUGUAAGGAGUGUGGGAAAUUCUUUAGCUGUGGCUCCCAUGUUACUCGACAUCUGAAAAUUCAUACUGGUGAAAAACCCUUUGAAUGUAAGGAAUGUGGCAAGGCUUUCAGUUGUAGCUCAUACCUUUCUCAGCAUCAGAGAAUUCAUACUGGUAAGAAGCCCUAUGAAUGUAAGGAAUGUGGGAAGGCCUUUAGCUAUUGCUCAAAUCUUAUUGACCAUCAGAGAAUUCACACUGGUGAAAAACCCUAUGAAUGUAAAGUAUGUGGGAAAGCCUUUACUAAGAGCUCACAACUUUUUCAACAUGUGAGAAUUCAUACAGGUGAGAAACCCUAUGAAUGUAAAGAAUGUGGCAAAGCUUUUACUCAGAGCUCAAAGCUUGUUCAGCAUCAGAGAAUUCAUACUGGUGAAAAACCCUAUGAGUGCAAGGAAUGUGGCAAAGCCUUUAGUAGUGGCUCGGCGCUUACUAAUCAUCAGAGAAUUCACACUGGGGAGAAACCCUAUGAUUGUAAGGAAUGUGGGAAAGCUUUUACUCAGAGCUCACAACUUCGUCAACAUCAGAGAAUUCAUGCUGGUGAGAAACCCUUUGAAUGUCUUGAAUGUGGGAAGGCCUUUACUCAGAACUCACAACUUUUUCAACAUCAGAGAAUACAUACAGAUGAAAAACCGUAUGAAUGUAGUGAAUGUGGAAAGGCCUUUAAUAAAUGUUCAAACCUUACGCGACAUCUGAGAAUUCAUACUGGUGAAAAGCCCUAUAACUGUAAGGAAUGCGGGAAGGCAUUUAGUAGUGGCUCAGAUCUCAUUCGUCACCAGGGAAUUCACACUGAUGAGUAACAAAAGUUAAAGCUCCUGUUACCUUCCUAAUAUUUUAAACAAAAAAAAUUCACAUUUGAUAGUUACGCUUUCACUAUUUUUUGUUUUUAAAUUUUAUUUUAUAUUUCUUUUUAAUUCAAAUGUUUUUCACUCUAAGUUAUGAAUUAAGAUUCUAAAUUGACAUUUACCCAUCCCCGUUCCCCAAUCUUGUACUAAGGGCAGUUCAAUAAUUCUUCUCUUGCCUAUUAUUUCAUUCUACCUUCUUGGUGAGACAUUAUAUUCUUGUUUAUGUUUGCUUGUAUUUUUUUCUUCUCUGAUCUAUGUAUUUGUGCUUACAUCAGUAUCACACUGUUUAAAAUUUGUGAUUUUGUAUUUUUUAAUUGUAGAAUUAUAACCUUGUUUUUGAAGUCA